UCUCCUUGGAGUUGCAUUGAGCAUGCUCAGCAGCCUGGACAGGUUUGGGCGCCUGGCAGGUUGGGUCUCUUACCUGCAGCGUGGGGAGGGGGCAGAACCUGGGGGGCCAGUGAAUGAUCGUCAGGCCUGGGAUUCGGGGAGUCCGAGGGAAUGGCCUCAGCAGAGAUGUCAGGGCCCUCAGUGACCGUCACUGUCACCCACAACAAUGAAAAACAUAACAUUCAAGUUGUAGCGCAGCAAGGAAACAAUGAACCAAGCCUUCAGGACAUGGCUCUUCUUAUUGAACAAGUUACCGGAGUUCCACUUGCUUUUCAGAAAUUAAUAUAUAAAGGAAAGUCUCUAAAAGAAAUGGAACAGCCAUUGUCAACACUUGGAGUGAAAAAUGGUUGCAGAGUGAUGUUGAUUGGGAAGAAGAACAGUCCAGAGGAAGAGGCUGAAUUAAAGAAAUUAAGAGACUUGGAGAAGUCAGUGGAGAAGAUUGCUGAUCAAUUAGUAGGUGUUAAUGAAGAACUUGUUGGUAUACAGAAGGGUUUUCUAGCCAAGGGCUUGCGAGCUGAAGCUCUCAACAAACUUGACAAGAGAGUAAAAGGAACCGUUGAGCAGUUUAUGAAGAUCUUGGAACAGAUUGAUUCAUUAACUCUUCCAGAAACUUUCAGAGAUUGUAGACUGAAAAGAAAGGGGUUGGUGAAAAAGGUUCAGGCCUUCCUAGCUCAGUGUGACACUGUUGAAAGAAGUAUUGGACAAGAAACGGAUAAGCUGAAAUCAAAAAAUCUGGCCCUGGCUGAAUGAGAGUUCUGUAUAAAUUAGAGAGUAUGAUUGCUCUGAACACAAAGAAAAGUUUACUCUAUUUUGUAACACAUGCCUACCUUUAUUUUUAGAUCAUGCCUGGUUUUACCUGUGCCCAUUGGGAGUUGUUUUCUAAAUAUCAAAUUUAUUCCUCAAACCCAUUCUCCAUAGGUCCUUGAAUUGUUUUUGUGUGUCCUGAUCCCAUAAAUUAAUUCUUUUACUCUAGGUAGUUAUCCCUUUUCAAGCCUCCAGGGGGAAACAGCAUUGCAGGAUGAUGGGAGAAAGUUUUUUUUCUCCUCCCCUAAACUGAAUAUAAAUCAGAGGUGGCUAUUUGUGAGCUUUGUGGGAUCAGUGGAUGCUUUGUUUUGUCUCCUGUUAGCCUCAUACUUAACUGGGGAGGUACUGACUAGGUCACAUUGAAACUCUAACUCCUACACUCCCACAUAGAUUACUGAAAAACAGCUGGUUAAUAAGUCACGUGAGUGGGGCUGACAAAUCAAACCAGGUGUUUGGUGCUGCAAGCAGACACCCUUUUAACAUUUUUCAAUGGGCUGUGUUGGUGUAUUUUGUAUACCACUGAUAAAGCAUUAGGAGUUGUUAUUCCACGUGGCCCUAGCACAGUGGACAAAUGGAUUAUGGGAGCUAAUAAUGCACAGAGGCCAAUCCCCAAGGUCUAGAAGCCUGGUUCCAAACGGGAAUUUGGGAGAGGGUAGAGAAUGUUAAGUGUGGUGACCUUUGGAGCUAAAAAAAGAGAAAUUGGGCAGGUACUAAGAAACAUAAAAGUCUCAGAAGCAGGCAACAUGUAUUUUCUUCAAGGAUAUCUCUUUUGUUUCAAUCUGUAUCUUUUGUGAUAUAUGUUUUCUUCUCAUUAUUAUAUUAUUUUUAUUAUUAUUAUUACAAUACAAGUUCAAACAACAUGCCAAAUGAACAGAUCUGGGAGCUUUUCUUAUUUACAAAUAAAACAAUAAUCAUUGUA